AAGUCAACGCGAUAUCAGUAUAUAAACUGAUCGAUUCCAGUUACAAAAGGUACUUCGUACUUCGUCGUUCAAUCGAGUCAUCAUCUCUACUUUUCACUGAAGCUUCAAAGAAUGGCGAAAAUGGGCUAUGUUGCAUUGGCUUUAGUUGCAAUUUUCUGUAUUGUUCACGUCCAGGGACUUUCUGAUGAUGUAGAAGCUGCAUGGGAACAAUAUCAGGCUCAUCAUCCGAGUAACACCAAAUCCCACACUGACGCUGCAAAGCGCAAAGGAAACUUUGUUAAGACACACGAAAUGAUCCAGAAGCACAAUAAGAACAAGAAUGCCGCAUACCAACUAGAACACAAUGAUUUCUCUGUCAUGGAUGAAGCAGAGAAAAAACUUUACACUGGGGCAGUUGCUCCAUCAGGUUCGAGAUUUCUGAUUGCCGAUCAGCAGUUGGAUGAUUCUAUGCGCCAGAUACCAACUUCCGUAAUUAUUUCUUUUUUCCAAAUCCGUUUUAUAUCUAUAAUCAUAUAUAUUGAAUCAAAAUGUAUUACAUCAUUUCAGUUGGACUAUAGAACUAACACCUGUUUGGCGCCAGUUAAAAAUCAAGGAUCGUGCGGAAGCUGUUGGGCUUUCACUGCCAUAGCGCCGCUUGAGUUCGCUCAAUGCAAAAAGAGUGGUGCAAAAGUUAUUUUGAGCGAACAACAACUGGUCGACUGCGACCCUAACAAUGGUGGUUGUAACGGCGGAUGGUAUACAACCGCUUGGGAAUAUCUAAAGAGUGGAUCAGCGAGACAGUCGGCCUAUUCUUACACUGCUGUUAAAGGAACUUGCAAGUUUUCCACGUCCACGAUUGGUUCGAAAGUCGCUACGUACGGUAGCGUUACAUCCAAAUCACCAUCCUCAAUGCAAGCGGCUCUCGUGAGAUACGGUCCCCUUUCAGUGGCUAUCACCGUCAUCAACUCCUUUUACUCUUAUAAGAGCGGCGUUUACACUGAUGCGGCGUGCGACAAUAAGGGCGUGAAUCACGGUGUGGUUGUCGUAGGAUGGGGUAAUCUUUCUGGAGUUGAUUACUGGAUUGUUCGUAACUCAUGGGGAUCCGGAUGGGGAAGCUCGGGCUACAUUUUAAUGCAGCGGGGUGUUAACAAAUGCAGUAUCGAAACUUACCCAGCCGCUGUUGCAUCCGUCGUCUGAAAACAUUAAAAGGUCAUCUUUUCUACGUAAACAACCAUUGAAGAAACAAGUUCUUUUGGAGAUUUUUCUUAUUUAUGUUUCACUGUCUGCAAAUCUGUGUGGGUCACAGACUCACAGCCUUUUAGAUGAUGAGCGUGUUAAUUUUAUAUAACUACUAGGUAAACUUGGGAUACAAUACACAUAAAUCAGCAUAGAUAAAUC